AUGAAGAAGGAAACAGUAGUGAUAGUAGCAGGUGCUGGCCCAUCUGGAAUCUCCACUUCUGCAUGUUUAAACCUUCAAUCCAUCCCUCACAUAGUCCUUGAAAGAGAAGACAUUUACUGUCCCUUAUGGACUAAGAAGUCCUAUGAUUGUGUCCACCUUCACGUAGCCAAGAAAUUCUGCAACCUCCCACACCUCCCAUUCCCUGACUCUUACCCAACUUAUAUACCCAGAAACCUAUUUCUCCAGUACUUAAACCACUAUGUAACCCAGUUCAAGGUGAACCCGGUUUACAACCGGUCCAUCGAAUCGGCGGCUUAUGAUAAGGCUGCCGGAAAAUGGCUCAUCCAGGUUAGGAACAUAAAGAUGGAUGAGGUAGAGGAGUAUAGUUCAAGAUUUCUAGUGGUGGCUACCGGCGAGAACACCGACCCGUUUAUACCGGAGAUGGAAGGGAUAGAGAGCUUCAAAGGGGAGGUCUUGCACUCUACAGAGUACAAGACUGGGGCACCCUUUGGCAACAAGAGUGUCUUGGUUGUUGGAUGUGGUAAUUCUGGGAUGGAGAUUGCUUAUGAUCUAUCAAACUUUGGAGCUAAGACCUCUGUUAUUGUUCGAAGCCCGUUUCAUGUUAUAACUAAGUGGAUUGGGUACCUAGGGUGUACGUUGCUGGUCAAGUACCAUCUACCCUUUGUGAUGGUGGAUAAGAUUAUGGUGUUGCUUAGCAAGUUGUGGUAUGGAGAUAUGAGGAAGUAUGGGAUAAGGAGGCCCCAAGAAGGUCCUCUGGCCAUGUCAUAUAAGUAUGGGAAGUAUCCAAUACUUGAUGUUGGCACCAUUCGGAAGAUUAAGUCCGGCCAGAUUCAGGUUUUACCCAGAAUAUCAAGCAUAAAAGGUGACGAAGUGAUCUUCACAGAUGGCAAAUCUUAUCAGUUUGAUGUAAUUUUGUUUGCCACGGGAUUUUAUAGAAUAACAAAAAAAUGGCUAAAGGAUGAUGAUGAGCUUCUCAAUGAAGAUGGGAUUUCGAAACAAAGUUAUCCAAACCAUUGGAAGGGAAAGAAUGGCUUGUAUUGUGUAGGGUUGGCAAGAAAAGGUUUGUUUGGAGCUGCAAUAGAUGCCCAAAACAUAGCUAAUGAUAUCAAGAAAGUUUUGUGA